ACCAUGUGGCUGGUAGUGUGGUCGCUGGUGAUGGCGUUGUCCCAAGCCCAGGCCCUGCACAUGAUAGACCCCCGCGCUACCCUGGACUGUCACAGACGAUUGUACAGCUACACGGUGACUCAGCGAGACAGCGAGGGCCGAGCGUGUAAAGACACUGUCAACGUCAUGAGCUGCUGGGGCCGGUGUGAUUCUAACGAGAUCUCCGACUGGCGGUUCCCCUACAAGCGGUCGUAUCACCCAGUAUGUCUCCACGACACGAGGGAGGAAGUAACAGUUGUCCUGCGUAACUGUGACCCCGACGUGGAGCCUGGAACGGAGCGCUACAAGUUCCUGCAAGCUCUGACAUGUCGCUGCUCCGUCUGCAAGAGCAGCGAGGCUAGCUGCGAGGGACUCAGCAGCUACUUUGCUCCCAACCAUUACGAACGAUUGGGAAAAGUUAUCUCCAAUCGCCAAACAAAAAUAACUGCUUAACAUAUCAAGGAACUGGAAGAUGCUAUCGGACCAAGCAUGAGUGACACAGCAUACAGCAUAACAGCACAGCAUGGUAGAGGCAUGAAGCAUAUCACAGCAUGAAACAUACACGUAUACGAACAAAUGCCAUUUGUAACCAGCACAUGUUAAUAAAUACACUACCACACUA